GCGCCCUCCGCGUGCCCUCAACGGCGCGGAGGACGUUAGCCCUUCGGCGUGGUGGUUUCCUUAGAGACGGAGUCGGCCCAGGUGGCGGCCACCAGGACACCAGCACGGUGAGACUCCCGCAGAAGUCAAGAUGCCGGCGAAGGACAAGAGGAAAGACAAGAGGAAAGACAAGAGGAAAGGCAAAAACAAAGGCAAAGAACCAAAGAAAAUAAUCAAAUCAGAUGAACCUGCAAUUGAAAGAGCCAAAGCCAAUGCCUCUCUUUGGGAGGCCAGAUUGGAAGUCACAGAACUCUCUAGGAUUGAAUAUCGUGAUACUUCCCGAAGACUGGCAAAAAAUAAUGAAGACUUAAAGAAACAGCAAUAUAACAUGGAAAAAGACAUUAUGUCUGUAUUAAGCUACUUGAAGAAGCAGGAUCAAGAGAAAGAUAAUAUGAUAGAAAAACUGAAGCAGCAGUUGGCUAAAACAAAGGAAAAAGCCCAGGAAGAGAAGGAAAAAUUGGAACAAAAGUAUGCUCUGCAAGUGAGUGAGUUGGAGGGACAGUUUCAUCAAAAAGCCAAGGAAAUCGGCAUGAUUCAGACAGAGCUAAAGACAAUAAAACAAUUCCAGAAGAGAAAAAUACAAGUGGAGAAAGAAUUAGAUGAUCUGAAAGAAAAUUUAAGGAACUCAGAGAAGAACUAUCAGGAGACUCUUAGAAGACUAGAAAGCAGAUUUUUUGAAGAAAAGCACCGUUUGGAGCAAGAGGCUGAGAAGAGGAUCAUAAUGCUGGCAGAGAGAGCUCACCAUGAAGCUGUAGUGCCAACUACUCAAAAAAAUGUGGAUAUUAGAGAUUUGACCUGGGAGCAGAAGGAAAAGGUCUUAAGAUUGCUCUUUGCAAAAAUGAAUGGUUUUGCUGCUAGGAAAUACAGUCAGAGUUCUAAGCCUCCUGUUCCAGACCAUAUUAUUUAUGGCAGUGGAGAAAUGAAAGAAACUGGGGAUGAAAAUAACCUUCUAGAUCAAACCUUCAUCACCCAGCAAGCGCCAGUAUCAGACUCCAAUAGAAUGGUGUCACCCGAUGUUAUUCCUCAAGGAUUACAGGACUCUGACAUAGCCUAGGAAGUAGAGCAGCACAGCAGAUGACUCCACAGUAGAUGCAGGAAGACCCUUGUGUAUGUAACCUUGCUCUGAACAUGUUCAAGACAGUUUCUCAAAGAAAAAGACAAUUCCAGCUCAAAGGUUACCUGUUUGCCAUAGAAAUUGGUGUCUCCCCUGAAGGAAGAGCGAGAGCCGGUGAAGGAAAACAUCGGCAAAGGCACUGGAAUGGGGACAUUCACACCCACCUAAAGAGAACAAACACACAUCAGUGUCCCAGAGUAUCCCUCAAAGGACUCGAACACAGUGUCCUGCAGGACAAAGGCAACAGAGAGUCAUUUUAUUUUUGCUUUGAUUUUUAGAUUUUGUUUGGCUUGGGUUUUUUUUGGGGGGGAGAUAUCAAUUUUAAGUAGUCAUCUUGCACCUGUGCUCUACCCUAAGAACUUUUAUUCCUGAGGAAGAGAUGGGGAAUUGUGGGUAAUUAAAGGGGCAGUGUUCAAACAAGCUGAUCAUUGUUUAUCGUCUCCUCUUCAGAAACAGCUGUAAGAAUCUCUAAAAGUCCUAGUGACAGACCUGUCCCACAUCCACCAUGUGAGCAUAUUUCCGGGCGGUGGCUCCAUUGGUGGUGAAGAUGGCAGUUCCAUUUCCAUAUGGGUUGUCAUUUACAAUCUUGAUUGCUUCAUCCAGUGUUUCUGUCUCCAAAACCACAAGAACUGGACCAAAUAUCUCCUCUUUGUAACAAGUCAUACUUGGCUGUCAGGAGAGACAGAGCCAGAAAAGAAAGAAGUCAGCUUUUUUGAGUAUUUUAUGCUUUUGGCAUUCCAAGUCACUACCCAUUGUCACCAAAAGCUGCUUUCAUGCUAGUGAUCUUUUUUCUUAUUUCUGUUCAAAAGGUAGAAACCUUUUGAGCUACCACCAUAUAAACCACUUGGACUUCUUGCGUUCUUUGCUUUUCAGUUCUAUUUCAAGUUCAAGGCCCAGCACCAGCACCUGUACAACCUGUUUCAUUACAAUUUUACUGAAGGUUACACGAAAAGUCAUUUUUGUGAAUCAAACAUAUUCUAAGUAUACCAGAACUUUUCUAGAAACUUCUUGCUAAAUACUCUGUAACAAAACAAUCCACUCUCACUCAUUCCUUUGUGUUGUGGGGAAUAUUAAAAAUGAACCCAACUCUCCAUGCCACGCUGGAUCACAGGGCUCCCUCCGGGACAUCUCUCGGUACCCCCCCCCCAGUUCCUCUUGCUACCACGAAACGCCCCACACACCCCACAGUCGGUCAUCUCAACACCUAACUACCCAGUAGAAUCAAGACUCUUAAAGCUUAAUUAACCUAUCAGAUUUAUCCGCCAAUACAAAUAAUUUCAGAGCCAAUUGAUAAUGCUAAAAGCUUUAUUCCAAUAUUUCUAACCUUUUGUGAAAUCACAGCUAGUUGCAGCUGGAAAAUACCACGCAGGUAAAUGUCCACAGCCACGGUUGUUCUCCUCCUACUCUGUCUCUGCAACUCUUAGCUCCACCUCCCUUUGCCCUGUCCAAUCACAGGCCUCCUCUGCACUAAUAUAAUUGGUCAGGGAAAAUCCUGCUACACCUUUGUUUCUAAAUAAGUCUCCAAUUUUGACAUUGGGUCUUCUUAAACAUUCAGGACACCCUUUACCUCAGCACCUAGCCAGCUGUGUUUGUUGACAAUAAGUUUUCCUCUGCAGUUCAGAAGCAAGAAACUCCAACCCAUGAUCUUUCAGGAGUAUGUAGUAAGGACAUACAACAAAAAGCCUGCCUCAAUUAGUCAUGAACGUUAGCUGAAGACUGUCACACUUUGGUAAAAAAAAAAAAAUUAACACCCGAUUUCUUUUGUUUCAGUCUGAUAACAUGGGCACAGAGGAAGGCAGUCAAUAAAUACUGGGUGGUUACUAUAUUGAUUGGGACAAGUGAACAAGUAGGAAACAGAAGUGUAAGACAAGGGUUUUAGUUCAUUAUAAUUUUUAAAUAUGAUUUAUUUUUAUUUUAUGUACAUUGGUUUACCUGCAUGUAUGUCUGUGUGAGGCUGUCAGAUCCUCUGGAACUGGAGUUACACAGUUGUGAGCCUCCAUGUGGGUGCUGGGGAUUGAACCCUGGUGUUCUAGAAUAGCAGCCAGUGCUCUUAACUGCUGAGCCAUCUCUCCAGCCCCCAGUGACUAGGGUUUUAAUUGCUGUUUAUGGGCCAAAUAUACCUGUUCUUACACAGUCCACAAGCUAAGAAUAGUUUCUACCUUUUUUUUUUAAUGGUUAGGAAAAAAUUCAGAAGACUAUUUCAGGAUAUAAAAUUACAAAAUUCAAGUGUGUGUCCAUAAAUAAGAUUUUCUUUUUUUACUGGAAUACAGCUAUGUAUUUGUGGUUGAUUUUAUACUAUACACCAGAAUGGUUGUGACAGAAAUUGUAUUUUUUGAAAGCUGAGAAAUUUAGCCUUCCAUGGAAAGUCUAUUGUAGUGGUUAAUUUGUGUCAUCUUGAUAUAUCCCAGUCACCUGGGAAGAAGGAACUUUAACUGGCCUCCUUCAGAUGGGCAGUGGGCAGGUCUGUGUGGUAUUUUCCUAAUGAUUGGGGAGAGAGGGUCCAGCCCACUGUGGGGGGUGCCACCUCUGAGCAAGUGGUUCAGAGUUAUAUAAAAAAAGCAAGCUGAACCAGCCAUAGGGAACGAGUCAGUAAACAGCCUUCCUCCAUGGUCUCUGCUUCAGUUUCUGCCUCCAAAUUCCUGCCCUGCCCUCCUCCCUCCCUCAGUGGCUAACUGUAAUCAAAGCAAAACAAAACCAACCAGAUGGACCCCUUUCUCCUUAUGUUGCUUUUGGUCAGUUUUAUCACAGCGAUAGAAAGCAAGUCAGGACAUGUGCCACAUAGUGAAAAGAGCUCUGGUUGGAAGCCAGAGAGAGAGAUUUAUUUAGUUUCCAGACAGAAUAACUGAGCAGACCUGGCAAGAGUUAUGAUCUUAAAUAUCUUCACUUAGAGAGGAGUGAGAUUUCAUAGCCCUAAAGGUGUUUUUAGCUCUUGUAUUUGUGAAGUAAUUCAGAGUUGUUUACCUUAACAUUUGAGAUGAUGGUUGGUCCAACAAAGUUACCAUUUUCAUAGCCCUUGACUUUAAUUCUUCGCCCAUCCAGAAGGAUGGAAGCUCCCUCUUUUGUUCCGCUAUCGAUCAGAUUGCAGACUCUCUCUUUGGCCUGGGGGGUGAUCAGGGGGCCAAGAUCAGCUCCAGGCUGGUCUCCUACAAACCAAGUAGAAGUGUCUAAGGAUUUUAUCAUAAAACUUGACUGCUGAGAUAAGUUUGAAUGGAGAGAAGAAUUAAGGAGCGGUAAUACUAGGAACAUAACUGCCCCCGCUCCAGCAAGGCCAAUAAAGAAUUUAGUGCCUCAGAAGCAAAGGCUACCUGCAUUGCUGACUGAUUACUCGGCAGCUGACUGAUAUCUGCAUCCUGAUUGAUUACCUGCAUUGACUCGCAGAUUUUUGGCCCGAUCGACCAGUUCUGGCAGCCACUUCUUAGCCUCCCCUACGAGGAUGGCUGUUGAAAGAGCCAUGCAGCGCUGCCCAGCAGCUCCGAAUGCUGCCCCGACCAGCUGGUUGAGGGUAUUUUCCUUAUUGGCGUCUGGCAUGACUACUCCAUGGUUUUUGGCUCCCUAAAGAAACGCAGAAAGUACACACGUCCUCCUUAGCUAAAUUCACUUAAACCAAAAAAAUUAAGCAAAGAUUCUGAUAUAUGAGAACUUAUAGAACGAAAUCCAUCUUUUGUUAUUUUUUAAGUUUUAACUUUUGAAGUCUUGGGAAUUAAACCUCGGCCUCAUGCAUGCCAGGCAAAUAUCGGUCUUUUAUUUUGAGACAGUCUCACUGAGUUGUCAAAGGUAGUAUUGAACUCACUCUAUAGCACAGGCCAGAGAUUAUUUUUUACUACUGCUGACGUUUAAGCAAUACUAAACGGUUCCAUGUUUCUUUAAUCUCCUUGAGAAGCUGAUAUGUAUUUAUUUAAAUCAAAACUAUUAGCAUGGUCGGCAUUGACAUAAAUUGACAGGUUGAAAAACUAAUAGAAUACAAAAGUAAUCCAGGUAUUAUAUGAGGACAUAUGAGAAAGUGCCUUCUGUGGACUAGCCCUUUCCAACUCCUUAACAAAAAAACUGGUCAUGGUAAAGAUGAAAUAAUCUUAGGGAUAACCAGCUCUUUAUCUUUUUUAUUUUUUUUUAUUCUUUUUUGUUUGUUUGUUUGUUUGUUUUUUCAAGACAGGGUUUCCCUGUGUAGCCCUUGCUGUCCUAGAAUUCACUCUGUAAAUUAGGCUGCUUUUGAACCCAGAGAUCUGCCUGCUUCUGCCUCACUGGGAUUAAAGGCGUGUGCCACCUGGCUCUCUACCAUAUUUUAAAGCCAUAUCACUAGUAGAGGACACUUUUUAAAGAAGCAAUAAAUAAGGUCAAGAAAGUAAAAUUUGGCUGGUAAUACUUAAAGAUUUAGCAACAGUUUUGAGGAGGACUGUGCCCUUUGUCACCAAGAUCUAUUGUAUAUGAUGAAAGAUAAUUAUAACAAAAUGUCACAAGGUUCAGAGACUCAGGGAGAAGACGAUCAGGAUGAAAUGACCAACACUGGCCUUUCUGAGACAUGGGAUGAGUGGCCUGUCUACUGCAGGACAGUCCCUAGGUCUUACAUACACACAUAGCCAAGUUUGAGGAGCUAAAGGGAUGAGAAGUCACCAUAUUGGCUUGAACCCUCUUGCCAUUUCUUGAUCCUCUUUCGAAGAUGUACUCUCCUGCCUGGUUGGAUCCCACAAAGCUGAUUGCCUUGAUGUCUGGAUGAUCGCAAAUAAAGUUUACAGCUUUGAAAAGAAAAGAAAUGAUCACCACAAAGAAUUAAUAGCCCACAGGCUUAACAACAGCAAAUCUCUCCUUCCUCCAUAUUGUAAACUAACAUUCAUACAUUUCUACAUGGAAAUCUCACUUUGGUGUACUCUUUUUUCCUCUUAUAAUUUGUUUUGUUUUUGAAACAGGGUCUCACUAUGUAGCCCUGGGUGGCCUUGAGCUCACUAGACUAGGAGGGUCCCAAACUCACAAGAGACCCACCUGCUUCUGCCUCACAGAUAUUGGUAUUAUAGUCAUGGGCCACCACACCUGUCAUUAAAUUACAAAUGGUAUUUAACUUGUUUAUUCUCAUUAGUAUCCCAGAAUUUACAAUUCUAAUCUCUGAAAGCCAUAAUUUCUUUAAACUGUAUUUUCAUUGUGUGUGUGUGUACACGUGUGUGUACACGUGUGUGUACGAGUGCAACAGAGAACAGCUGUGUGGCACUGGCUCUUUUCUCCCAUCUGUAUGUGAGUCCUAGGGACCAGGCUUGUGUGGCAGAUGCCUUUACACGCUGAUCCCUUUAGACAAGCCAUAAAGCCUACAACUUCAAUUUCCUCAAAUACAAUAACAUUCUUUCAAAA